GCAGCCCUUUGGGCUUCAGGUGACUGAGUGUGGGAAGCCUUUGUCAUAGGGUAAAAGUUGCAUACCCCUGGGCUGUAGGCUGCACACUUUGGGUCAAAUAUCAGGUUCUGUAGCUGUGUAUUUCAUCAGAACAAAUCUGUUCUACAAUGAUUAUUUUCCUUAGCUCAGGGUUGUUUUGCCUAUUGAUGGCAGCUGUGGGCAUACAAGCACAACAGACACCUUCUAUAAAUGACCUCAACGCUGAAUGCCUUGGUAACGUUAUUCGUUUGAGUGUCGCUCCUCUUUUUGAAGAUGUUGAUGCUGUCUUCAAUGACACACAAAUCAUAAACCUGACGCCUGGCCUUGCUACUCAGUGUGGAUUCAGCUUUAAAUUUGACCCCAUGGGGAAUGCCAUGUUUUUUGCUUCUCUUCAAAACUGCUUUUCCCAAAACAUGGAUGAUAAGAUGUUCAGCUUGGUCAUGCAGUUCAGGCUGCCAGGAAACCACAUGACUGAAGACCCUGUUUAUAGAGUUGGCAAAACCUGUAGCUACACCCCCUGGACCUCCCGAGAGAUUCUGUGCGACCGCAACUACAUGGAGGUGUCUGUCAGAAGGACUCUUCCAGACAUCCAAACCAUCCCCAAACAGCCCACUGGGGGCCCGAAAGCAAGGAGCGGCAACUUCCGGAGGGGAGCUGAGGCUGUUGCUUCAGGAUACAAAAUGACAGCAGUCGUCUUUAGUCCUAGCAAGAAUGUCAUGAAUGUGGAUGAGGUCCAAAGAAAGGGCUAUGCAAUAGCCAACACUCCCACACGGCUGGUGUUAAGAAGCCCUCAUAAUGCAGAGGAGACAUACCUCCAGAAUGUAGCUGGGGUUCCGAUGCGGGUGCUCUCAACCUCAACCUUCUUUGAGCAGAAGUGGCUGGUUACUCGAGUAGAUGCCACGGCUGUUUGUCCAACACCAGAGGCAGUGGCCUUUACUCCAGAAGUGAUCACCUGGUACAUGCCCAAGCACAUAGACCCACUUUUCUCCUCUGAUGCCUUCACCAUGUUGGAGGUGUACAUGGGAAUUGACGCUAAGAGGCUGGACACUGAGGAAAUGGCUGCCAGAAACUACUCGGUUUUAGUCACAGAGGCUCAUAUUAUUGUUGAAAUUCCGGUGGGGGCGGUUGGCGGCUACUUCAAGAGCCAUAUUCAGGAUGACCAGUACUUUGUCACUUACACCAUUGAGCCCAUGCUUGAGUUGCUGUGGAUCGAGGAGGUCGCACACGAGAACACCAGCUAUAAAGUCCUCUUCCCUAUCACAACACCUCCGAUGGCCAGGCCUCCACAAGUUCGCAACUACACGCCCUUAGACACAGUUCCUGAGCAGGCAGUGUUUGUGCUUGAUUUGGGGACCUUCAACCUUGAUGUGGAGCUGCUGAACAUCACCUUUCCCACCAUGGUGCUAACUGUUGCAGAGUGCAACGCCAGGGGCUUCAAUGUUCAAGAGCAGAGAUCCCCGGACAACACCUUGAAGACCUUCAGGAUGGAGGUGCCCUUCUCAGACCCGGUGGUCUUUAAGGAGAGAAGGGCGGAACAAGGUGUCACAACCUUCACUCUUCAGCUGAUCUACGGCCUGGUCAUCUUUCCAGAGUACGCUCCUUUCUCUCACUCUGCCGUUGUGGACGCUGUACUGCUGGACAUUGUGCCACCCUCAGUCACUGGCAACUGUGAUCAGGAGAACUUCCACAUCACUGUGGACUACAGGAACCAAGAGCCCUUUUUUGUGGUCUUGGUUGGCAAGCGGCUGCUUAAUCAUGAGUUUGCUCAACAGUAUUUAACAGAGGGCGACACAGACUUCACCAUCACGUUGCCCUUCUCUUCGCCGGACGCAGUGUUUGAGUCGGUUCACUCGUCCUCUGUCAGGAGCAGACUGGAUGUGGCUCUGUUGAAUCCUUACAACAACAUGACCAUCAAAUACUUUUCCCUCGCUUGCAGCUUCCUCAAAACGCUGACUGAGUGUUUCUCUAACGGAACGAUGACUGCGCUGGCAGUGAAGGUGGAGUCUGCUCCCGGUCUGAACCCCGGUCAGCUGACCCUGAGCGACCCCGCCUGUGGUCCCACCUACAGUGACGAUCGCUUCGCCUACUUCCACUUCACUGUGAACUCCUGUGGCACCACCAGGAAGUUUAUCAACAAUGUCAUGCUGUAUGAGAACGAAAUCUCCUUGCCAGAUGAACUUUUAAAGGUUUCCUGCUACUAUGUGGCCAACAUCACUCGCACAUUGGCCUUUCUGACCAGGCCGCGUGACAACGAGCCUUUUGCCGAGACUGGGACGGGUCGACUAAUGGUCAGAAUGAGACUCGCUCAGGACGCCUCGUAUAACACGUUCCACCAGGAGGAGGACUAUCCAGUGGUGAGGUACCUUAGACAGCCUCUGCACUUUGAGGUGGAGCUGACCACGUCCUCUGAUCCCAAGGUAGCGCUGGUGCUUGACCACUGCUGGGCCACCCUCAACGAGGACCGUGACUCCCGACCCCGGUGGAAUCUCAUCAUUAAUGGCUGUGAGAACCCCGAGGAUCCAUACCGUGUGGUCUUCCACCCGGUAGAAGUUGACGCCAGGGUCCAAUUCCCCUCUCACGUCAAACGCUUUGAGGUCCUAUAUGUUUUCCUCGCCGAGGAUGCGGUUGAGCAGAGUGGCCAG